AUGAUGGAGGACUACUCCAAAGCCAUCGUGGACGGGAACCUGAAGCUGAUCCUGGGUCUGAUCUGGACCCUGAUCCUCCACUAUUCCAUCUCCAUGCCCAUGUGGGAGGACGAGGACGACGAAGAUGCCAAGAAACUGACCCCAAAACAGCGUCUGCUGGGCUGGAUCCAAAACAAGGUGCCCCAGCUCCCCAUCACCAACUUCCACCGAGACUGGAGGGAUGGAAAGGCACUGGGAGCACUGGUGGACAACUGUGCCCCGGGUCUGUGCCCAGACUGGGAAACAUGGGAUCCCAGUCAGCCGGUGGAGAACGCCAGAGAAGCCAUGCAGCAGGCUGACGACUGGCUCGGAGUGCCACAGGUGAUCGCUCCAGAGGAGAUCGUCGACCCGAAUGUGGACGAGCACUCUGUGAUGACCUACCUGUCUCAGUUCCCCAAAGCCAAACUGAAGCCCGGCGCCCCCCUGAGGGCAAAGACGCUGCAUCCAAAGAGGGCCAAAGCCUAUGGACCAGGUAUUGAACCUCGAGGUAAUAUGGUCCUGAAACCAGCAGAGUUUCUGGUGGAGACAGUCGAGGCCGGACUGGGUGAGGUUCUGGUUUAUGUGGAGGAUCCAGAGGGACACACAGAGGAGGCCCGAGUGAUCCCCAACAACGACGUGAACAGGACUUACUCUGUGGUCUACCUGCCCAAAGUGGAGGGGCUUCAUAAAGUGAAGGUGCUGUUUGCUGGGCAGGACAUCGACAGAAGUCCCUUCAUGGUGAGUGUUUCCAAGGCCAUGGGCGACCCGACCAGAGUUCAGGCCCGCGGGCCGGGACUGCAGCCGAUGGGGAACGUGGCCAACAAGCCUACAUACUUUGACAUUUACACCGCAGGGGCGGGUGCUGGAGACGUGGGCGUCAUCAUUGUGGAUUCAAACGGCCGGAGGGAUACAGUGGAGAUUGUCCUCGAAAACAAAGGGGACAGUAUUUUCCGCUGCACCUAUGUUCCCGUCCUGGAGGGGCCUCACACUGUCUAUGUGACCUUUGCUGGGCAGCAGAUUCCCAGAAGCCCUUUCACUGUCCACAUCUCUGAGGGUAGGUGUUACACAUUUAUGUCUACCUCAGUGGACACGUACAUUUUCUGACCUUAUCUUGAUCAGGUUGGUGUCCGUAUGUCCUUGAAAAGUUUUGAGAUCUAAACUUAAGCCAGAAUUUUCUUAC